AUGUCGGCCGUCGAAUACACAGCACCAUGGCCCGUCUUCGCGCUGGCAUGGUCCAACCACCCGUCUUCGUCUAGCGCCGGCGGUUCAUCUUCCUCGCUCUCCGCCUACAACCACCCACGCAACUCGUCGUCAUCGUCGCGCUACGUACCGCCAUCACCUUCCCCGCUCGCAAGAGGCCAAGACGACUACCCAUACGGCCACACCGCGUCGCCCCCGGUCCCGGAUUCGGCCCGUCUCGCCGUCGGGUCCUUUGUCGAGCAGUACACCAACCGGAUCCAGAUCCUCGGCUUCUCGUCCGACGAUCCAGGGUCGCUCCAGCUGCUCGCCGAUGCCUCCCAUCCUUACCCGCCGACCAAGCUCGGCUUCCAGCCUUCCACCUUGGCCGACCCAUCGUCGCAUUCGCGCGGCCCUUCGUCGGAGCGCGAGCGGAGCGAUCGUGCCUACGCCUCGCCGACGACAAAGAUGGCCAAGCGCGGAUCGUGGGGCGCAAAGGUGCGCAGCUCGAGCGGUGCAGACGACGGCGGCCAGUCGGGCUCGAUCGACAACUAUCCGGAUCGCGAGCUGCUGGCCAGCACUGCCGACUGCCUGCGGAUAUGGGAGGUCCACCGCAACGAAGGCGGAGGGCACGGAGGCGACGACUCCUACCGCAGCGGAUACGUCGGCCAGUCCGACCCGGGGCAGAAGCUCCGGUUCGGCCUUCGGGAGAAGAGCGUGCUCGCGCAUUCGAAGAACACGACCUCGCCCCCGGCUCCGCUCACGUCGUUCUCCUGGAACACGCCAUCGCCCAACCUGAUCGUCACGUCUUCGAUCGACACCACGUGUACCAUCUGGGACCUGCCGACGCGGACGGCGCUGACGCAGCUCAUCGCCCACGACCGCGAGGUCUACGACGUCGACUGGUGCCCUGGCUCGGCCGACGUCUUCGCCUCGGUCGGUGCCGACGGCAGCGUGCGCGUCUUUGACCUGCGCAGCCUCGAGCACUCGACCAUCAUCUACGAGACGGGCACCGUCCCGGGCCCGACCGAGUCGCGGCCAGGCACGUCCCUCAGCACCACGAGCAGCCGGGCGCCAUCGACGCGCGGCGGCGUGCCGGCGACGCCGCUGCUGCGGAUUGCCUUCAACCCUUGGGACGCCAAUUACCUGGCCACCUUCCACCUCGAGAGCGACAGCGUGCAGAUCCUCGACGUGCGGGCGCCGGGCUCGCCGAUCCUCGAGCUGCGCGGCCACUCGGCCUCGGUCAACGCCAUCGCCUGGGGCCCACCGAGCAGCGGGCACGGAUCGCUCGGCCCGUCCAAGGGCAUGGUGUGCUCGGCGGCCGACGAUGCACAGGUGCUCGUCUACGACCUGGCAUCGACCACGCUGCGCACCGCCUCGGCCCAGGGGCGGCGGUCGCGCAACGGCCACGCCGCGAGCCCAGCCGCGGGCGCGUCGAUGGCCUACAGCGGCAGCUCCAUGGCCGGCAGCCCGGGCCCGGGCUCGAUGGCUGGCUCCAUCGGCGUGGGCGCCGAGAUCCCCUUUCUGGCGUACACGACGCCGACGCACGACAUGGUCAACAACGUGGCCUGGCUCCGGGCCGGCGGCGGUGGCGGCAGCGGCGGUGGUGCGUCGUCGGCGGCGAGCGGUGGGCAGAGGAGCGUGGUGCAGGAGUGGAACGAGUUCACCGCGUCGUCGCAGCAGCAGCAGCAGUGGAACGGCCACGCGCCGCCCGAGAGCGACUGGAUCGCCAUGGCCGCCGGCAACUCGGUGCGCGCGCUCAAGGUCUAG